AUGUCGUCCAAACGCAAGUGGGACCAGCCAGCAGAGGAGGAAACCGCGUCUAAGGUCGCGAAGACCGACGACAACAAGACCGCGUCAGAAGCUGCGGCCGCGGCAGCAGCCAUCGCCGCGAAAAUCGCGGCACAGUUCGCCGGAGGAGGCGCCAGCGGUCUAUUGGGUCCCAAGGACCCCCAUGAUGGCGAAUUCGCGAAGGACAUCGACAUUAACGACGUUAGGAACAGAUACGUGCUGACGAAGGGCACCACGCAGCAGCAGAUUCACGAAGAAACAGGCGCCUCCAUCACCACGAAGGGUGUGUGGUACCCCGACAGGAGCAAGGCUACGGACAGGGACCCGCCUCUGUACCUCCACGUCACUGCGAACACAGAGGAGACGCUCAAGAAGGCAGUCGACAAGAUCAAUGACCUGAUCAACACAGACCUUGGUCCCCUCGUGGAGGACAAGAAGGAUCGCGUGCGCGAACGGCGCAAAUGGCCGGAAGUCAAGCUGCCCGUCAACCUCGAACCGCUGCGCAACUUCAAUGUUCGUGCAAAGGUCGUCGGUCCUCAGGGUGUAUUCGUCAAGUAUAUUCAACAGGAGACUGGCACCAGGGUGCAGAUCAAGGGUCUUGGCUCCGGCUUCGUAGAGCAGGAGACCGGGCGCGAAAGCGACGAGCCCCUUCACAUCCACAUCACCGGCCCCGAGCAAGGUCAGAUUGAACGAGCUCAAACACUCGCAGAGGACCUCCUUCUUGUCGUACGUCAAGAAUAUGCUAAAGCGCAAGCCAUCCUGCAGCAGCAGUCGAUGGGUAUGCACUACGGAGGCUAUGACCCGAACGCGAUGGCCAUGGGUGGUUACAUGCCGCAACAGACAGCUGGCGCAGUACCACCUCAGCCCAGCGAGCAGCCCCCACCAGCUCCUGGUGGUGCGUUGGACGCGAACGGGCACGACGCGUUCACGGCUUACUGGGCUGCCUAUGGCUACGACGUCAACUCGCAACAGUUCAAGGACUGGGCGGCGUCAUUGCAGCAGCAGCAGGCGCAGCAGGCUAGCCAGUACUACCAGCAGCCUUCCGCUCCGGCUCCGGCACCUCCCUCUAGCGCACCACCUCCUGCUCCUCCUUCCGAGGCGCCACCUCCGCCACCACCUCCCGCAUAA